CUGCAAAAAUAUUCACUUGCAAUCAGAACGUUCAGCCGACAAGAAGCAAUUAAAAUCCGGUUCUCAGCUGCGUUAAGUCAAAGCAAAAAUUAAAAAAAAAAAAAUUAUUUGAAAUUCAACAGAUAAAAUUAUAGUAGAACGUUUAAAAACAAAGUUUAACGAUAAAAAUAAUUUUAAUUAUAAAACAACAGUGACUUGAGUGCUGUUUGCAAAUAUUGCAUAAGUCGAGCUCAGCGUUGGACUUGAGCGCCGAUUGAACUUGAAAAGUUGAAAAAAGUUUUUGUGUUUCGAUGAAAAAAAAUAUUUGAAAACACUCUCUAAAUAAUAAAAAGACCUUCAAACAGUACUGACUAUUUAAAAAAUUACACAAAAAAUUUGUAAUUAAAAUAAAUACAUAUAUAACUGCGUUUCGCACACCAACGCACAGGCGAAACUCCACUCGCACUCACGCUCCAAACUCGUUAAGCUCGAUACACCGCUGACGCCAAUUUUGCGCGCCAGCCAACGGUACCACAACAACACAACGGAAGUGGUAGCUCAUUAAGUGCGGCGUAACUAAAGUAACAGUAACAGUAGAUUUGUGUUAUUUGCAUAAAACUAAACGAAUUUUUCUCUGCGCCUUCUUGUGUGCGAUUACCUAAUAGAAGCCGAAAAAGGCAGCAAAACCCUUUGCAUUGAACUAAUUAACCCAGAAAAACUAGUGAGAGUUUAUAGUUGAAAUUUGUUUAAAAGAAAGAAGGAAAAUCUAUCAGAAAUGCAGCCUCUAAAGCGUUUCACACAAUGUGGCAGUCUAACCAUGCUCUUUGGCGUCUUCAUUAUACUCUUCGGUGUCAGUUCGACCGCUUUGACAACAUUUGGCAAGACCAACAAUGAUAAGCCAACACCAACACCAAUAAUUAAGGGCAAGGAGUGCAACAACCAUGAUGACUGUAUAACGAUAGAUAAAACUAGCUGCGUCAAGGAUCCCAACGACUAUAAGCAUCGUUGUCUGUGCGGUGAUGAUUCGGCGCCGGUUAAUGGACAUUGCGCGGAUGUACUGAAAGGUCUACGUCACAAGUGCACCAGCAGCCAUGAAUGUGAGGACGGUUUGGUUUGUCAAUUUGAGAGUCUUAAUCGCACUAUUGGUGUAUCGAAAUUCAUUUCCAAGACCAAAUUAUGCCUCUGCGACAAUGAAAGUGGUUUCUUCGAGGAUGUACUACGUGACAUUUGCAGCGGUGCUUCGCUACAAACAAUUGCAAAUAUCUUGUUGUCGCUGCUCUCCACCGUGGCGCCGUUCAUUGUCUAUGCACGCAUGAAGCCGCAUUUCUAAACGGAACGACAGCAGCUGAGCAAAAAAAAGUUUGAACUAUAUGUUUCUACCUUUAAUUUCAAUUCUAAUUGUGAUGUUAAAUAUUCAUUAAAUAUUUAUUUGAUGCACAUAGACAUAUUUACAUAUGUUUUGAGGAAAAAACUUUCAAUUAGAAGCGACACAUUAAUAAAAGUAUAUGGUCAAUUAGCUUAGAAAUAUAUAAUACAUAUGUGUGAAUGUUAGCACUGCACACUGAAGGGAGUUAUAUAGUACAUAUGUAAUUUGUGAGCGUUAUCCAUGUUUUAACUAUUAAGUUUUUUAAAUUAUUCGAAGAAAAAUAUAUAUAAAAAACUUAUUCAAUUUAAAUAAACAAACCUCAACUCAAACCAACCAACAUAUAUAUGUAAUUAUAAGUAUCACUGGUUCUAUAUAAACCUCUAUUAUACUGUGUAUCACCAACUAUCGUGCCUCUUACAUGAGCUAUAGUUUAAGUUUAUUUACUUGUAUACACUUUAGUGCUCUACUAUAUACAUACAUACCCUAGUACAGUUAUAUAUAAGUGUAAUAAAUAAUGAAAUAUUGUACAAUAUACACGUAUAUGUCUAUCAUUGUUGUCUUAUAGUAAAAUUCAUUACAUAUUAUAGUACCACCGCCAAGUUUAUCUGCCUUAACACUAAGGUUCCCUUAAAUUCUAUUUUAUAUACAAAAUUUGAAAAAAUAUUACAGAAAAGAAAAAUGAUAAUAUCUUGCAAUGCAGACACACGGAUUUUACAAUACUAUAUAGUACAUACAGUCAACAUAUGAAAUUGGUCUAACUCGCAAGCAAAAUUAUACUUUAAAGCACUCAACUCACUGGCAAACAUAACUGAGUACACUUAAGCACUUUGCUAGUUGUAAUUCUACACUGUAGUUUGUUCAAAAAAAUAGUAAAAAAAUAAUAAUUAAAUGAUUUACUUGCAUAUACACACGCGUUCGAUUUAAAAGAUUUCAAGGUAAUAGAGCAUAACUCGAUUUUAGAAAAUAUUCAAAAGAUAGUCUAAAGUCAAGCUAAGCGGUUAUGUCUUGUACUCACAUUGUAAUCUACAUAAUUAAGCAGUUUUAAUUUGGCAUUUGUACCUUAGAUAAGAGUGGAAUUAUUAAUAGAUUUAAGUGCAUUAUUAGACACUCAUGCAAAUAAGUGAUUAUAUAUAUAUAUAUAACACACAUAAGUAUAUAACCAGACUUCGUUAUUUUAUUCAGACCUAAGGUCGGAGACUCUACCAUUAUUUUAUUUUAAUUUCAACACUUUCUUCAAGUAUUUGAUCCCGACUUAUUAUAAAAAUCGAAAAAGUAAACGUGGUCUAUUCAGUUAUAUUAUUUGAGCAGUUUUUUAUAAUACCUCUUAUAAAAGAAGUCUUAUUCACUGCGAUAUUGAUAAAAAUAAAAGAACUUCAUUAAAUAUAUUACUGUAUUUCAAGAAAAUAAACCUUAAAAUCCUAUACGAAUCCAUCUUUUAAUGCUAAAAAUCGAACAAUCCUUGAAAACUACAGAACAGCACAGUACCUUAUGAUUCAACUCUUACAAACCACACAAUUGCUAUUGUUAUUAACUACUACCAACUGAUUUGGUAUCACUGAUUGAAAUUUUUUCAGUAACCAUAAAUCUUGUCAGCGGUAUUUGAAAUUUCAUACCUCUUAAAAAUAUGGAAUUUGAAAAGUAAAUUCGAAAUUCAGUACAUCGCAUAUACCAAAUAUCGGAUUCAAAGUGAAUUUGCUUGAAUUUCACUCGGAAGUGAAUUACAGAACCUGCCGUGUAUAUCAGAAAGAGCUUAAUACAUACAUCGAAUUUUAAUUGACACUUCCCUCAGAACUAAGUCACAUAAGAAAAUAUGUUGAAGAAAUGAAGUCGAUCCUGGCCAUACCAUCUAGAUAUUGACGAAUCUUUGUGAUGUGAAUAAAUCUCGUGUAAACACAAUCACGAAA